AUGCCACCCAAGAAGCAAAACUCGUCUGGCCUGGGCAAGGCUCUCAUCAAUCGAAAACAAAAGGAUGCUCAGCAAAGAAGAGAGACAGGCAAUUAUUCCACAGACAUCGACGGGACAAAGCUCCAGUCGAUUACCCAAGAAAGAGAUCUGGACGAAUUUCUGAAUACAGCACAACUUGCCGGGACAGACUUUACAGCAGAAAAGCAGAACAUUCGAGUAAUACAAGCGCCGACAGUGGGAGUAUCAUCCGCGCACAAUCCUUUUCUACUUUCAGCACAAGACGAGAAAAAGACACUCCAAAAGCACGCUGAGCACAAAGCUCGACUACGAGUUCCACGCAGGCCAGCGUGGACAAAGGAUAUGACUACUGCCCAACUGGAUCGUCAAGAAAAAGAUUCCUUUCUCGAGUGGCGACGAGGUCUGGCCGAAUUGGCAGAGAAAGAAGACCUUCUCUUGACCCCAUUCGAACGCAACAUUGAAGUCUGGAGACAACUAUGGAGAGUUAUUGAACGGUCGCACCUUGUGGUUCAAAUUGUCGAUGCACGGAGUCCUCUGCGAUUCCGCUGCGAGGAUCUAGAAUCAUAUGUUGCUGAUAUCGAAGGCCCAGAAGGAGAGAAAGGGACAGGAAAAGGCAAGCGACGAUCCUUACUCCUCGUCAACAAGUCCGACUUGUUGACUCGCGCUCAGCGAGUGGCGUGGGCCGACUACUUCGAAUCACAAGGCAUACAAUACGCCUUUUACUCUGCAUCAAAUGCUGCAGCAGUAGAGGGCUUCUUUCUGGAUCAAUGGCUACCAGUGGACCAGUCAACGAUGACGAAGAAGAUUCAGAGUCGGAAGAUGCCUCUGAAACCGACGCCCCCUCCGCGGAUCAGCAACAGGAGGAAGAUCCUCGAAUACAUAUCCUCACUGUACAGGAACUGGAACAACUAUUCAUUAGACUUUGCAGAUUCAGAAGGCAGACAGCCAACAAAGCUUACAAUCGGACUCGUAGGCUAUCCGAAUGUUGGCAAGUCUUCCACCAUCAACUCGCUACUGGGAGCCAAGAAAGUGUCCGUCUCAUCUACGCCCGGAAAGACGAAGCAUUUCCAGACGAUCAACUUGUCACCAGAACUUAUGCUCUGCGAUUGUCCUGGUCUCGUCUUUCCUCAGUUUGCGACGACCAAAGCAGAACUCAUUUGCGAUGGCGUACUGCCGAUUGAUCAGAUGAGGGAAUAUCGGGGACCGGUUGGACUCGUGACCAAGAGGAUACCAAGAGGUGUGCUAGAGGCAAAGUACGGUCUCACUAUUCGACACCGAGGUACAGAAGAAGGCGGGGAUGGAGCAGAUGAGGUACUCGCUGAAGACUUACUUGUCGCUUAUGCAAUCGCUCGUGGAUUCGCCAGAGCCGGUCAAGGAAAUCCAGACGAAUCGCGAGCGGCACGGUAUAUACUCAAGGAUUAUGUCAACGCCAAACUACUCUACUGCCACCCACCUCCUGAGAUGGAUGGGAAAGAGUUUAACAGGCAGACGAUGGAGAUCCAACUGCGGCGAUUACAGGGCAAGAAGCGAGCACCUGUAACCCGUGUCGGAAAGGACGCAGACACGGCACCAGACGUCUUCGGCACUAACGCCACCUCUACCACUAGUGAUCCUAAGCAGUUACAGCAACAAUCGUCAAAGUCUCGCGCACUGGACCGCGACUUUUUCGACUCGCAGGCAAUGGGCUCCCGACCAUUGGUCAAAGGCGGGAGUCGAGACGGGCAAUCGUUUUCACGAAUGAAAAUGUACCCACAUCAAAACAGAAUAGCAAACGAUGGUACACCAAUAAGUGGUCAAGCGGCACGCGUCGCAGCCGUGGUCGAGGCUUCUGGGGGGAGCAUUGGUGCAGAAGGGAAGAAACAUUUCAAAAUGAAACGAGGGAAACAACGCAGUGGAAAGGGAUACGAUGACUGA